GUAAAAAAUAAAGAAAAAAGAAAGCAAUAAUAGAAGCAACAGGAGAAGUUACGUACUACUGAUCAUGACUUCAUCAACUGGAGACUAAGAAACAUUCUCCUGCGCCUGUCCUUUUGUCACCCUCUUCGUGUUUUAUUAUUUAAUGACAAAUAAUUCGAUUCUUAUGUAUUCUAUAAUCUGGUGCUUGAAAUAGAGGAAUAUUAAAUGAAAAUAAUUGCAAUUUCUUAGAAGGCGAGAGGUAAAUUUCUAAGACAUUUUCUAUAAUCAAAAACAUGAUGGUUUAAACUUGUUGAAAAUUGUUGUAACCUUAUGCAUUAGCAAUAUAACUGAUCAAUAGUUACUAAAGGGUGAAAAUUUCACACGAAACAAAAUUAUAUUCUUCUGAAAAUUUUAUGAAGCUAAAAAGAAAAUUUUUUUUUAAUUUUAUAAAAUUUAUUUGAAUACUGUACAAACUUAAUAUAAUUCGCUUUAUUUUAUUACGUGACGUAGUGUCGAACAGAUGACAAAUUUUAGUACCUAGUCUUUUAAUUUUCUAGUUCUUUACUACUUUUUCCAAAAAAAGAAAAAAAAAGAGCCACAAAAAAAUGGACUUCCAAAAAUCUUAUCUUAAUAUAAAUAAAUUUUUAUUGUCAAUUACCGGUUUUUGGCCUUAUCAAGCAGGAACUGAAAAAUUUAUUUGCAGAACAAUGGUAUUAAUUUUGUGGGGCGGGCAUUUUCCAUCUACGACAAGGCGUUUGAUAAAGUUCUGGGAGAAUGAAGAUGACGUGAUAGAGAUUAUUACUAUUUACUGCACCUAUUUAUUGGGAAUUAUCAAAAUUACUAAUAGUGUGCAUAAAAACGAUAAGAUGAAACAACUAUUAGAGAAAAUCGACGCCGAUUGGAAUAUUUGGUCAAAUAAACCUGAGUUAGAAAUUUUGAAAAAUUUUGCAAACGAGGGAAGAAAAUUUACAUUGAUAUAUGCGAUUGCUUUAUAUUUAUCAGUAAUUUUCUACUCAUUGUUCACACUUUCGCCACAAUUACUCGACAUUUUUCUGCCAAUUCCAAAUGAAACACGAGCAAAAAAAUACCUACAACCCGAAUAUUAUGGUCCUAAUAUGGAAAAUUAUUUUGUCAUUAUUUUCAUUUUUGCUGCAAUUGGUAUUUUGAUGAACUUUACAAUAUCGGCGAGUGUUGAUUCCAUGUAUGUUGUUUAUGUUCAACAUGCUUGUGGAAUUUUUUCGGCCAUUGGACAACGAUUGGAAAACAUAAAAUAUGACUGUAAAUCAAAAGAUAAUAAAUAUUCACAAGAAAUUCUCUUUUGUGUUCAACAACACAAAAGUAUACUCAAAUAUACGGAGGAUUUGGAAGAAACCUACACGACUUAUUUCUUUUUUCUAAUAAUAAUAAACGUGAUGGUUUUAAUCGUGAACGGAAUACAGAUUGUAAUAAAAUUUGAUAAUUUUGAUGAUGUCUUCAAGUUUGCAAAUUAUUCAAUACUUUUAGUGGCGCAUUUAUUUUAUAACAGUAUUCCAGGGCAGAAAUUACUCAAUUACAGCGUGGUCGUCUCUCAUGCAGCCUACAAUACGUGUUGGUAUCAGGCCACAAGUUCUAUCAAAAAAUCUGUACUCAUAAUGAUAAUGAGAAGCUCCAAACCGUGUAAAAUGUCUGGGGGGAAAUAUUUUAUUCUCUCAUUGGAAAAUUUCAGUGUGGUUAUGAAAACUACAUUAUCAUAUUUUACUGUACUACUUUCUAUGCGACAAUAAAUCACUCUGCAAAGUCAACCAAUAUUUUCUAUUUUAUAAAUGAAAAUAUUAAUUUAAAAAAAAAAUAAUUUUUAAUUCAUACAAUAUUUUAAAUAAUAAAGGAAAACAGCAUUUUAAAGCUCAUUUUUAUAUAAAUGGGGAGAAAAUGUACGUUGUAUAAUAUAAAGCAAAAAAUGAUUCUUC